CGAGGCGCGUCCAAGAUUCACGCGGAUAGGGAGCACCCAUCGCCGACGGCUGUGCUGUCAUGGAAGCCACAAAGUCGCAAAUACACGUUGACCGCGAGCUGGUGGGAGGCCCGCUUGUGUGCUGUCCUGGUAGUGUGCCAAAGGCGCACACGUAUUGCUGCGGGCCGUGCGGGCUCGGCUCCUAUGACGCCAUCAUAGCGGAGCACUGGGCGCGCGAGCCCAGCAAGUGGAGCCGCGAGUUCGACGGGCGGCUCGAGAGGUGGGAUGUCGAAGCCAAGCCUCCUCUCGAGCUGAGCAUGCCUCAGCUCGGCUGGCUCGACUCUCCGUGGAACCCGCUCUUUUGCCUCUCCGUCAUGUACCCGCGCUCGCUGAGCUGCUGCGCGCCGAUCGGCUGCUGCCUGUGCUGCCCGGGGAUGCACACCGUCGACGUCGCCUCUCCCGAAGCCUUUGUGCCGGUGAUGCUUGGAGUGGCGGAGGAGCACAACCUGUGCCCAGAGGAGCUGCGGGGGCUGCUUUGGAUGGAGUUCAACAUCGCUCCAGAGACUCUGAUUACCCUCGACGAUGUCGAGUGGAGACGCAACCCCAACGUCGAAUGGGAUGGGUUGCUCGGGUUCAAGGGCAACGGCAACCGCACCACCGACGCCAGCUGCGCCGGGACCUGCCUGACGCUCUUCUCGACGCGCGACGGCGGCGUCAUGCGGUUUUCAACCUCCCCCUCCGGAAGGUGGAUCGCCAUCCCGCUCGGCGCGAGCUUCCUCUACGUCCCGCAGCCUGGCGACAAGUUCACCUACCAAGGGAAAGAGGUCGAGCUCGAGCCUGGGGACUUGAUCCGAGUCUCCUACCCGAAGUGGGAGAAGACGACCGAGCUGACCCAGGCGGUGCAGUCGUAUGCGUAUGUCGUGCGCAAGCUCGCCGCGCGCGCCCCCGACGGCUCAGCUGCGUACACCAAGCACUACGACCGCUUCCGAGAGUGGAGCGAGGGGCCGUGGCCGCACCCGCCCCUCUGCGGCUUCUUCCUCUGCCACCUCAGCGGGGAGCAGCGGCGAGAAGACAUCACUCGCGCACUCAACCGCUACCAGGUGCUGAUGUUUCCGCCCGCGCCCCGCGCUGGAGCGACCAUGCACCGAUAAGCUGCACGUCGGGCGCCUCCUCCUCGGGCGCCCCGAUGGAGCCCUAGAGAGAAGAUGAGAUCAUGUCAGCCGAAUGCCUCGUAAUAAGAGACAAACGGCCUAGAGAGAGCAUGUCGGCCGAGAGUCUUGUGACAGGAGACAAAAGGCCUGGAGAGAUAGACGGCCUGUACGACAAACGGCCUGUACUAGCGAAAUCAUAAUGGUCCCAAAAA